AUGCUCAGACUCCGGCCACUGAUCACGCUCCUAGUGGCGUCGAUAUGUGUCCUGGGCCUCUGGACGCUUUGGCAUGGCUCGCUUGGACAAGAGCCAACACCACUGACGCCCGCCCAGUACAAAGCCAGCGGCUUGACGGACAACAUCUACACGAACGGUAACACAAAACCCGAUGCGGACGACUGGUGGCUGCACUUCGAGGAAGUACUCAAGCUGAAGCCCGUAUCCAUGAAGGAAGCUAAAGCCGGCUGUGCUUGGAAUCCUCAAGACCUGGAACGUGUGAACUUCCAGUUCGAUGGAGGAGAGAAUGGGUUCGUCGACACUGCUUGGGUUCGCAACGACACGAGUGACUUGGUCCUGGAUGCACGACGGGCACAAUGGCAGGACUUCAUGAUGUAUGGCACGAUCCCUUACGGCGACAUCUCUAGCAAGCUGGACGGGCGCGGAAUUGUAAUUGUUGGAGGACAGAGUCAGAGUUUCCACCGCGUUAAGGUCCUUCUUCGCCAAUUGAAGAGACUAGGAUCCUCUAUCCCCGUCGAACUGCACUACUGGGGCGAUGAGAUGAAUGAAGAAAAGAAGCAGGAGCUGUCGACCCUCUGGCCUCUCAUUACCUACAACGACCUAUCCUCCCCUACCAACAUCUACCACGUCCAGCUCGGAGGAAUAGUGCAUGUAAAUUACCAACUCAAGACCGCCGCGAUCCUUAACAGUAACUUCGCUGAGAUCCUCCUAAUGGACAGCGAUAACAUCCCAACGAUCCCGCCCGAAGAUCUCUUCAAUUCGAAAACUUACAAGGAACAUGGCACCGUCUUCUGGCCCGACAUCGCUCGCACACGAGUCCAGAACCCCGUCUGGCCCAUAACCAACACACCCUGUCGCAAAGACGAAUACGAACAAGAAAGCGGCCAAGCGCUCAUCGACAAACGCAAAUUCUGGUACCACCUGCAACUGGCAAUGUUCUUCAUCAACGACAAAAACUCAGAAUACUACAACAACAUCCUCCUCGGCGACAAAGAUACCUUCCGCUUCGCCUGGCACGCCCUCAAAACAACCUACGGCCGUCCUGCCCACUGGCUCGCCACUGUAGGAAUCAAAAUGGCACCUGAUCAUUUCUGCGGCCACCAUUUUGCUCAAUUCCACCCGGACCGCGAGGAUGGGCGUGUGGUGUUUAUGCAUGGCGGGUUGUUGAAGACGAUGGAUAAGCAAGUUAUGACAUUCUUGAGGGCGAGCCAUGGCGGCAUUUUUCACGCGUAUAAGACUGGUACCAAGCCGUACGAUGCGGAGGAAUUGACGAGGGCGGAGAUCAAGUUUGAUGGGGCAAGUUACUGGAAGCAUAAGCCGGAGAGCGUGGGGGUGCAGAUGUGUACUGAUAUGAAGGAUGUGGAGGCGAGGCCGUUUGGGGAGUUGGUGCAGGGGUUCAAUGAGGUGUUUGAGGAGGUGGGAGGGUAUUGGUUGAUUGAUAGUGGGGAGUUUAGUAGUGGUACUUGA